UUUCCUUUCACCUAUAAUUAUCAAUAAUACAUUCAACUGUUCACUGACUUUUAAAAGUUUAUUUAAGUGGACUUUGUCAUGAGAAGUUAAUUGCUACUUUGUGUUCAUUAAACGUUUGUGAACUAUAGUGAAUAUUGACUCAAGAACUGAUAUAUAGUUCUCCCUUUUGCCAAAACGAAAAAAGGUUUAUAAACGCGUUAAUUGUAAAAACUGGCAUAAAUACCCACUUAAAAUGGAAGUAAUAGCACAAGGACAUUCAACAAUACAUUUUUUGAAACAAAUUGUUUGACAGACAUGGUGACAUGCUUGAACUGUUAAAGAUAUACUGAGCACGGUAUUGUGGGGAGAAAAAGACAGGUUGAAGAUUGUGGAGUAGACGUUGUGGUAUUUGAUUGAAUUGUAAAAAAAUAAUCUGAUGGAAUUAAAUCUUUAAAAUGUGCGUGAUGAAGAAAAAAGACUCCGAAAUGAUGUGAUUUAACGAAUGCAUAAAACAUUAGCUAUAAAGGUUUAUUUGUGAGACGUUCGUCUCUGAUACUCGUGUGAAAACUGCAUCAUCUAGACUUACAACUGUACUUAGAUGAUCUAUGCAGUCAGUUCCUCGUAUACACACACUCGAGUUGGGAACUUGAAGUUCACCUGGACUGGAUAUCUGACUGUAAACUUCGUUACCUGGAACUGUGGUAUGCGUUCGUGGAGUUUUAAUAUAACAUUUCCCAUGGACAUUUAAAUUAUCGUCAGAUCUUAGUGACAGAAAUAUGAUGGAAAAUCUAUCGGAGAUGAACUUGUCGGUGGAUAGUAGACCAAAGGGAUUUUAAAAAAUAUGUGGCUGGUAUAUCAAAAGGAAGACCUUUGCUCCUGACUUAGAGGGGGUUAUCUGCGUUCCUAUAUCAACGAGAGGCUGAGUGCAGGCAGAUUGACAAAGCGGACGACACCAGGCCCUCUGCAGACGACAUACCUCGACACAGCAGACUACACCGGUACCAUGGGGUUCGGCGUUCAGCGAUUUAUUGGCCCCGUCGACCCAAAUUUGAUCUGUGGAAUCUGUAGUGCGGUGCUCGAAGAUGCCGUGCUCACGCCAUGUGGCCACUCGUUCUGCCAGAGCUGCAUCACCACGUGGCUAGCCCGUCCCGGGACUGACACGUGCCCAGAGUGCCGCAGCCACGUGGCCUCCCGUGACGUAAAACCUGUUUUAUCGUUACGUAAUCUCAUAAAUGGUUUUGACGUCGGAUGUGACUUUAACGAGCGAGGAUGUAAGGUGAUUUUAAAGCUGGACAGGUUGAAGAACCAUUUGCAAACGUGUGGUUACGUGCCUGUCACGUGCGCAGGAUGUGAAGAGGCGGUGAGUAGGUUCGAACUCGCCUCUCACCAGAUUAGGUGCGAGGGAAUUGCAAACUCGGUGAGGGACGAAGAUGAUGAUAUUACACCACAACAGAGAUUAGGAAAUAUACGCUUCACUCAUGCAUUGACUUCUAUAGAUGUGUCGGAACUUAUUUCUAAAAUUGCUUCUCUGGAAUUUCAGGCGAAAACUCUAAAAAGAGACCUCCAAAUUGCGGAAUCCAAGAACCGUGUUCUUGAUAGAGAAUACAGAAAAACUAAAGACGAAUUACAACAUAAAAGAUGUGAGCUUUUAGAACUCAAUAACGAAUUCGAUCCAGAUUAUGAAUACGGGUAUUGUCCGCAAAGUAUCGCCAAACUUUCUCUCCUAAUUGCGCGACAUCUACUUAAUAAGCCAUCAUACAUUGACAGGGACAAGAUAUUCACUUCAGUGCGCCGUUGUUAUGAUAAGUAUGCGCGCUGCGGUUCUGAGUUCGAGCAUGACGUACACAUGCUCGUCGCUACGGCGUUCGCGAGCAACUGGUUUCCGGAACCAGCCCGCAGUACCUUCCACCAUUGGCUGCAGAGCAUCGCCAGAUAUAGACAACUUUCCACUAACGCUGCCAAAUACGCCGCUCUAGUCAAAUCAUGAAAGACUGACAUUCAUGUUAAUACUUUAUUUUUCAUGUAUUUUGUCAUUAAUUUCAUAUAGAACCUGUGCGACCCACGCAUCGUAUUUGCAUGUUCGUUUGAUGUACUGUUUAAUGUGUCUCUUAUUGUAAUUCACCGUUUUAAUGUUGAUUUUAUGUCUACAAUGUGUUAUUCCUUGGUUACUUUUGUAACGUUUGAUCUGUGAUUUUCGUUUAAUUUUAGGAGAAUUAGUACACCUUUGAUGAUACUUGCAAUAUGAUACGAGCGUUAUUAAUUCUCAUAUUUGGUUAUGUGUUGACUUAUCAAUCAUGAUGAUUAAUUUACGGUAUAUUGUUGAGCACAUCCUUUUGGUGGAAUAAACCUGUUAUCAGUGUCA